CUUAUAGUGUUUUCGCUGUAACUCUGUGGUUUGGUCCUUAUGUAACUCAUGCAUUGGGUCCAAAAAUCAUAAUGGUUAUUGCUGCUGUGUUGUACCUUACUUACAUCGUUGCUUACCUCUUUGAGAACUCAUGGAUUAUUUACGCAAGUGCCGUGUCAGUGGGUCUAGGAGCUGGAAUACUGUGGCCUGCAGAAGGACAAUAUAUGAUUGGGAACUCUUCCAGCAAAAACGCGGGAAGAAACGUUGGCAUUUUCUGGCUUAUCUACAGCAGUUCGAGCAUGAUGGGGAACACAUUUGUUUAUUUUACCUUCCAUGAUAAAAUACACAUUGAUCAAGUGACAAGAAGAACUGCCAUUUCUAUUUUAACAGUUAUCAAUAUCAUAGCUAUUGUUGCAUUCUGCCUGUUGCCAAAGCCGUUGUAUGAACUCAAAUCGAAUGACUACGGUCCUUUCAAGACAAUGAAGCAGAGUUGGAAAAUAUUGACGUCCUCCAGAAUGAUAUGGCUUGUAAUUACUUUCUGUUACACAGGUUUAGAACUGUCUUUUUGGAACGGAAUCUACAGUCCUAGUAUUGGCUUUACUUUGGCUUUUGGAAACUCUGCCAAAGAAUUGGUUGCACUUAGUGGAAUCUUUAUUAGCAUUGGUGCUGUAUUGGGUGGACUGUGUCAGACUCUGCUGUCAAAUAGGUUGGCGAGGUACACUUGGGCUCGGAGGAUGGUUGUGUUGUUUGGAGCUUUGGCUCAAGGAGUGACAUAUCUCAUAACCUUCCUCAACCUCCCAGACAUGGCUGUGUUUGGUGACACGGAAGACGUCAGCAUUAUUAACCCUCCAAGUGCUGCCCUUGCCUUACUGGGCAGUUUCCUCAUCAACUUCGGAGAUGCUUGUAUAUCGACCCAGAUUUACACUUUUAUCGGAGACCAUUACAGAGACAACAUAGCUGAGUCCGUAGCCCUGUUCGCUUUUUUCAGGAGUGUAUUGGUAGCAGCAAGUUUCUACUGGUGCAGUCAUGUUGGUCUACACACUCAAGUCGUGGUGACUGCUACAGUCGCUGUGUUCGGAGUUCUGGCGUUCUUUGUGGCAGACAGAGAUGCUUCACAGCCGCUUGUUCAAUUGGAAGUGAAAAAUGUGUCAAAUAUGACUAAUGUUGAUAGUUAACGUUUUUACAUUUUUAUUGUGUUUAUACUACCCUAUGUUUUAUACUGCCAGGAAACACUAACCAGCUAAAAACCUGUGGAUCAAACAUCCCUCAUAAAGUUUUCAUUUGUAUGAAAGAUUUAUCAAAUAAAAAUAAACACAAAUUGUUUUGCACUUGAUUGUGAGUAGACUACUGCAAACUUAAAUAAACCAUAAUUACAGAGGCAUAAUUUAAAGUUAUAAUCUUACAGUACUAAAAUUAUAAAUGUGAAAGUUUGCGUGUUUGUUUGUUUGAAGUUCAAUCAUGCAUUAACUACUGGUUGGAUUGGGUUGAAAUUUGGAAUGGUGAUAGCUCACAUUCCCGAUUAACAAAUAGACGUAUUCUUAUCUCAAAAAUCCUUUCGGGCGUUGCCCUAGUAGCUCUAGAGUUUCCCAUGUUAACCUUAUGAGUAUUCAUAUUUAAAAGGAAUUAGCUGUUACUCAUGGGCUUCACCCCGCUUGUCUUCAUAAGUAUUAAUAAUACCCCCUGCCACAGCAAACCUACAGACUAAGCAAAUUUUCAUUUGCCCGAAUUGAACGAGUACCUAGGUUUGCUGCUACAGGGAGGCUAAUAAAGUGUGGUUUUUAGUAAAAUAUUAGUAGCUUACUAUAAAAUAAAUAAAUUUGCCAAGUUUGAUAAAAAUAUUUCUAUAAACAAGCAAACUACAACAUUUUACAAUAUUCUCCAUAAAAAUAACAUGGGAAUUUUAAAUUAGCAAUUUUUUUAUUUUCUCUGUAACCAAUAACCAUACAAUAACACUUUGGUAUAUUCAAUUAUUUGUUUUUUUAAAGCUCUUUAUGAUCUAGAGAUAAAUUGGGAAUUUUUUUGUUUUGAGGGUCAAAAAUGAGAAACCCCAUUUUUUUACCCCAUAACACUCCUCGUAAAUCCCCCGUAUAAGAUUCCCCCAAGCAAUUCCUAAUUUAUAGCCGUGAGAAAAUACUGAAUUAGAGAUAUUUUUGCUAAAUUUUGUACAACUAAAUCUAGAAUACUACUGGACUGAUUUUGUUGAUCAAGAAGGGUCGUUGGAAAGCCUAAUUUGUGUAGAUUUGCAAAUAAUUAUGAAAGUUAGGUUUUAUUUAAUACUAGCAGUUACCCAGCGCGCGUUGCUGCGCUAAAAAAAUACAUCUGUCUGUGUGAAAAGCAUGUUUUCUACAUUUAAACCGACGAUAGUCAGGGAUCGCCCUAGUGCCUUAUAAUGGUGAUUGCGAAAGCAAAACACUAAGGAAAUUGUAGUUGCUUAAAUUCAGAGGGUAAUUCGGAUGAAAUUAUCAGUAUUCUUAUGAUUAAGACUAUUUCUCCCUUAAACCUACCACUGAUAAUUGAUAGUAAAAUUGUUUGAAUUGAAUUGUGUACCUGGAUUCCUACUGUGAGACAGGCCUCUCCUCUACUCUUCUCAUAAGUAUAAUAUUUCCUAUUGAUUGUCUCCUCCUCCUGUUUUCAAUAUUUCUCCUUAAAAUUCAAGACAUUUUCUG